UUUGACAGUUCGGUGUUUGGCAGAUAGUCAAUAAACAAAACAUAUAAAAAUGAAUAAUUAAUUAAAUACAUAUAUACAGAAUAGUUUUAGACAACUGCCGAUAUAAAUAUAUAGCAUUUACAGAUAUGCCGGAAAAAACAAACGUGAAACAAAGAAAAAAAGAACCCAAAAAAGAUGAUAAUGUUACUUCUGAAGAAGAUGAAUCAAAAUUGAACAAAAGAAAUUUAAAAUUCGGUCCUUUACCCUCAUUUCGCAACCAAAGAACAUGGACGAGAAUAGUCUUAUUCAUUGGUUUAUUCACAGUUCUACAUUUUUACAAAGGCUCAAACAAUGAAAAACCACUAGCCAAACAAAACGAGUUCUUUCACAAACGUGGAAACACUGUUGAAUGUUCAGAAUCAUAUUCCAAAGAAGCAAAUAAAUUUAAAACUUGCACUCCGUUCAAAUGUGGCCGCUUUGUAACUGACAGUUUAAUCACAUUAACAGAAGCAGGAUUGUUGAACGAGUUAGCUAAAAAAGGUUUGGCUGCUGGAGGCUCAAAUGGGGGAGCUUCUGUAGUUGAUUUCCACAGCGGUGUCUUAUCAGUUGGAGAUAAAUUUGUUAAUUUGUACAGAACUGGUGUUGUGAAAGUUACAAAACAUGACAUGGAUUUUCUACAGAUGAUUGAAAGUAAGUUGAAACAUGCUGUAGCAGAAACAUUCCAAAUAGAAUCUGAUGCUUUAUAUUUAACAUAUCCUACGUUAUUUUCUGAACUUACAAACAAGGAACCUGCUACAAUACAUGAUGAAUAUUGGCAUCCACAUAUCGACAUGGUGACUUAUGAUAGUUUCUUUUAUACCACCUUGCUCUAUUUAACAGACUUUGAUCAAGAUUUUAAAGGUGGUAGAUUUGUAUUCAUGGACAAAAAGGCUAAUUACACGGUCGAGCCCCGCAAAGGAAGAGUUCUUAUGUUUACAUCAGGCUCAGAGAAUGAGCAUUUUGUUGAAAAGGUUACUGAAGGCAAACGAUAUGCCUUAACGGUUGCAUUUACUUGUGAUCCUAGUAAAAAAAUUAAAAAUAGAGAAAUUAAAGGACCAGUUAAUGUAGGAAAAUAAUAAUAAUAUAUUGGUCAAGUGUGGAAUUAAAAAAAAGCAUUACAUAAAGUAUUAGAGAGGAUGGUUAUGGGUCUUUUUUAUCCUGACACAUUCCACAUACUAAAUAAAAAACAUUUAUAAUUUAUAUUUGAUUUUUUAAUUAAAUAACUACGU